AGCCAGUCUUGACUUCCUUGGGUGGCUCCUCCGCAAGUACGUUGGCCCUCCUGCACGAUUGCGAGUUGAGCUGCCCUUUGGGCCGUUCUGGGGCAGGAGACCAUGAGAGCUGGGGCAAGCCCACCGAGGAGCCCCUGCUGGCCCAGCAUCUGGCAUUCCCAUGCGAACACCUGAAGCACUUCAGGAGCUGAAGUGCACCCUUGCGAGGGCUGAGUAGACGCAGUUGGACAGGUUUGCUGCUGAGCUGGUUUGGCCAGUGCUCUGGAGAUGGGAAGCUACUUGUCUGCCUGGGCUUAUGUCACUCCAAGGAAGCCCUUUUGCUGCUCAGAGUGCCAGGACCACCUCACCAAUUGGUACUAUGAGAAGGAUGCCAAGCUGUACUGCCCCAAGGACUACUGGCGGAAGUUUGGGGAGUCUUGCCACGGCUGCUCGCUGCUGAUGACGGGGCCCGUCAUGGUGGCCGGGGAGUACAAGUACCACCCGGAGUGCUUUGCGUGCAUGCGAUGUAAAGUGAUCAUUGAAGAUGGUGACAGCUACGCUUUGGUGCAGCACUCGGCUCUUUACUGUGGCAAAUGCCAUAACCAGUUUGUGCUGACGCCAAUGCUAGAAAGGCUGUCAGUGGAGCCUCUGUGUGAACAGCUGCCGUACACGUUGACUCUUCUCUCCAUGCCUGCAGCCACCAACGGCGAAAGGGGGUUUGCUGUGGCUGUGGAAGGGGGCUGCUCCCCCUAUGCUGCUACUGUGGAAGUGAAGGAAGUUGACCGAAGGCACAUCAGCUCUGAUGUCCAAAAUGCCAUUCACCCUGGGGACAAAAUCCUGGAGAUCAACGGAAACCCAGUCCGCACACUACAAACCGAAGAGGUCAAAGAACUGAUCCACAAGACGAAUCAAACCCUUCAGCUGUUAAUCGAACAUGACCCGGUCUCUCAGCGCUUGGACCGGUUGCGCCUGGACUCCCGGCUCUCCGGGGGCAAUAAGAAGCCCUCCACCCCUUCUAUUUCUGCCUUGGAGCUCAAGAAGAACCUGGAAGGGACCCUGCGGCGACGCUCCCUCAGGCGAAGCAACAGCAUCUCCAAGUCCCCCGGGCCCAGCUCCCCCAAGGAACCGCUCAUCCUGAGCCGCGACAUCAGCCGAUCGGAAUCCCUUCGCUCCUCCACCAGCGGUUCCCAGCAGAUCUUCCGCCCCUGUGACCUGAUCCAUGGGGAGGUGCUGGGCAAAGGUUUCUUCGGCCAAGCAAUCAAGGUGACUCAUAAAGCCACAGGAAAGGUGAUGGUGAUGAAGGAACUGAUUCGCUGUGAUGAAGAAACACAGAAGACUUUCCUGACCGAGGUCAAGGUGAUGCGCAGCCUAGAGCAUCCCAAUGUCCUGAAGUUCAUCGGGGUCUUGUACAAGGACAAGAAGCUGAAUCUUCUCACCGAGUACAUUGAAGGGGGGACUCUGAAGGACUUCCUCCGGAACGUGGAUCCGUUUCCUUGGGAACAGAAGGUCAGCUUUGCCAAAGGAAUUGCCUCUGGAAUGGCUUACCUGCACUCCAUGCGCAUCAUUCACCGAGAUCUGAACUCCCACAACUGCCUGAUCAAACUGGACAACACGGUGGUAGUGGCAGACUUUGGCCUCUCUCGGCUGAUUGUGGAGGAGAGGAAGAGGCCCUCCCUGGAAAAGCCACUGGCCAAGAAGCGGACGCUGCGCAAGAGCGACCGGAGGAAGCGCUACACUGUGGUCGGGAACCCGUAUUGGAUGGCCCCCGAGAUGCUGAACGGACAGAGCUACGAUGAGACAGUCGAUAUCUUCUCCUUUGGGAUCGUGCUCUGCGAGAUCAUAGGACAAGUGUAUGCAGACCCGGACUGUCUCCCUCGCACCCUGGAUUUUGGCCUCAACGUGAAGCUGUUCUGGGAGAAGUUUGUUCCGGUGGACUGUCCUCCGGCCUUCUUCCCUCUGGCAGCCAUCUGCUGCAGGCUGGAGCCAGAGAGCAGGCCCCCCUUUUCCAAACUGGAGGAUUCUUUUGAAGCCCUUUCUUUGUACCUGGGAGAACUGGGCAUUCCGCUCCCUUCAGAACUGGAGGAACUGGACCACAGCGUGAGCGUGCAGUUUGGCCUGAUUCGGGACAAGCACUCUGGCGAUCUGACAUAAUCCCACCACUCGGCCAUCGCUGUGCGGCUUCUUUCCACGGAUUGUCCUGGAGGCAGCAGAAAAAUCUCCACCCCGUCCGUUUUGGGAGGGCAACAGGAAGGCAGCCUCUUUCGCCUCGUUACUUCUCUCCACCACCGUCACCUCCUGUGGGCACUUCCUGAAAGCAUCAUCCUCUUCUUCACGCCACUCGCUUCUCAGUACAGAUGCUCUUUAUCUUUGGGAAUGCGGUUCUCAAGAGUUGGGGUGCGAACCUGCCUUCCAACACAAUACACUACAAGUUGUGAAGCCUCCAGGAUGGGCUCACAAAGCAGAAUCCCGCCAGGAUACAAACCUUGGGGUUGCUUUGACUGGGACUCCCUGUUCUGCUAGAUCAGGUAAGGGGAGGGCAACCUGGAUUGCUUGCACUCACCUCUACAGAGACGGCUGAAUUUUGUGGUUUGUCUCCCAGGAACAGCUCCGAACCACCAUCUGCCUGGCCAAAGAACUCUUCAUGCACUGGGUGGCAUUUCAUCGAUCUGCCCUGUAGGGCCACAGACAUGGGUUGAGGGCCAGGCUGGGCAGCUUCUCCGUUUGAGGGAGGGGGUUGGUGGAGGUGGAUCCCUGGAAAGGAAGUGCUUCUAUUCCCAAACUGACCAGGAGUGGAGCAAUCAACUUGGGCCACAGAUCUGAAAGACUGGCACGCUAUAGUCACUACCUCUGUCCUCCAUUUCAGGCCCCUCAGAGAAACACUUGGCUGGGGCCACCUUUCCCCUCCCUCUUCCAGAUGUAGAGAGGAGCUGCGCUGGUUGCAUCUCUCCCCUCUCUGCAAAAUACAUUGAGGGCUACUUAAAGGUUGGCAACAUUUACACCCCUGGAUGUUGAACAUCUCCCAGCAGGUCUGGCCACGCGUCCCAAGACUCUGGAAUGCUGUGGGUUGUAGUUCACUGGUGUCUGGAGGGACUUCUGCCCCCCUUUCAUGCUACAAGAGCUCAAAAUGCUGGGCCCUUGUACACUGGUCUAAGCGACUGCAACAAAUCUGGUGCAUUUUAGACUAGAUUUCAUUUCAUUUCAUUUCAUUUCAUUCUUAAAAGUUGUGUACGCGCACAUGUGCUAUAAACAGGCCAGCUAUAGGAAACAUGGAUCAUGUGUCAAGAAAGGUGACACAACUGUUGUAAGUGCACAGAUUUUUGUCUAAAUUAAAAGCAAUAAACUUCGUUCUACAAAGAUGAACGUAGAUGCCA